AUGAUAAUGACGGUGGAGACGAAGGAGAAGAAGGUGGUGGAUAACCUAGAAAUUGCAGGACCUGGUCGUCGAUUUGACGUGGACCUGGUGGAACGAGUGCUGCUGUUGGAGAGUGAAAAAUGUCGUUUGUUUCUUCUGUGGCUGCUUGAAAUUGCCGCUGUGUGUUUACAUGCGUGA